CAUAACCCUACUUAUAUGUCACAAUUUUUUUUAAAAUGUGGCGUAAUACUCUAAGGAUUUGUUAUAAUUUAACAAAAUGCACGAAUAAUACACCGGUGAACAUUAAAAAUGGUAUACAACGUAAUGGGUUAAUUUUAAACCAAAUUCAAGCAAGAAAUAUAAGUUUAACUGGCAAUUUAUCGAUGUUUAUACAAACUCAAGACACGCCAAACCCAAACAGUCUUAAAUUUUUACCAGGGCGAUCAGUUUUGGAAAAAGGGCAAACAAUCGAUUUUCCUAAUGCACAAGCUGCUUAUUGCUCCCCUCUGGGAAAAUUAUUGUUUAGAAUUGAGGGCGUGAAAAGCGUUUUUUUAGGGCCGGAAUUUAUCACCAUAACAAAAAUUGACGAUGAGGUGGAUUGGAAGAUUUUGAAGCCUGAAAUAUUUGCCACAAUUAUGGACUUUUUUGCCAGUAAUUUACCGAUUUUGAAUGACGCCACGCCGAAUUCAGAUACACAAAUUAAUGAUGAUGAUUCAGAAAUAGUUCAAAUGAUAAAAGAACUUCUUGACACCAGAAUAAGACCCACAGUCCAGGAGGAUGGAGGUGAUAUAAUUUACAUAGGCUAUGAUGAUGGUAUUGUCAAGUUAAAAAUGCAAGGGUCUUGCUCGAGUUGUCCAUCAUCGGUUGUGACAUUAAAAAAUGGCGUGCAAAAUAUGUUACAAUUUUACAUCCCUGAAGUGCUCGGAGUGGAGCAAGUAUUCGAUAAAUCCGAUGAAAUAAUCGAAAAAGAGUUUGAGAAACUUGAUAAAAUUAUAGAGGAGAAAGAGAAAAAUCAACAAUAGAUUUUUAAGUAAUGUGUGUGUAAAUAUUAUUAAUUAAUAAGAUGUAAAUAAAC